AUGGCGCACCUGGCCGAAAAGGUUGAUACGGGUGUCCUUGUUCCAUCUGCGAUAGCGAACGCUAGGACGCGCUCGCGGAGGUGGGCCCCGCCUGUCCGGCAUCACAUGAACAGAUUCUCCGCCGGCUAUUCAACGCUGCGCUGCAGUGCGAUAUGGAGCCCGAAGCGAUAUCAGACAGAAGUGGGACAAAGCAGGACACCGCCCGUAUGCCUGCGCGUUCCGACGGCGGAUCACCGGUGCUCGGAUCUCCAUGCCGCGAGAGACAGCGAGAGACCGGAGAUAUCCGAGAUGAACACUUGCACUCUCUGCAUUCUCCGAAGACGCCGAUCACGCAACAACGACGGACUCGUCCUUCGCAUAGGCAGUCUCUUCAGCGGGGUCGCCCAACUCUACACGUAUGAAUUCGAAGACUCUCAGGGCACCCGAUAUGGUCAGGCCUGUGGCCGGUGCAUCGAAUGCGUCUCUCUUCAGAGUCCCGGAUCGGGCACGGGUAGUCCUAGCGUGGCCACCCUCGAGGCGCUGGGCACAGGGUACAGGCAGUGUAGUGCGGCGACAUUGCCAUUACUGAUGUCGCGCUUCGUCCGAAGCGGGUCGGAAAUGUCGGGACACUUUUACGCAGUUCUCUCAGAUGACGGAAUUGCGAAUGGGCUCGGGUCGAUGGAAGAGGAAGGUUCAAGAGGACGCGCGGGUGUCCGUUCGUGGCAUCGGGGUGUAGCUGAAGUGGGAACCGCCCACAUCGCAAAGCUUACUUCCCCGCAAAACCCGGCGAUCAUAGCAUCCGAACCCGCAUUGAAUUCCAUGAACUCUAAAGGAAAGUGCCGUUGGCACCCACCCUCCACCAAGCUUGCACGAUUGUCGCUCUUGAACGAUUGGCGCGGUCGCCCUUCACAUCUUUGCACCCUUCUCGCGGUCGCGCCAUCGCGUCGCAUCUUUACCGCCACCCACUCGACAAUAGCCCUCGGGGAAGACGUUCUAGAUUUCCUGCGCGUUCUCUCCACCCCAUUGUUCAUCCGGAGUCAGGUCGCGUUAUCGCUGCUCGCGUCCCAUGACCCCCUGCGGACCGCUUCUAGAACCGCGCUGGUGGUCGAGACGUUGGAUACAUCGCAUUUGCUCGCCAGGCCCGACGCGAACGACCUUAUGCGCGACAUCCAUGGAGCUCAUCGUCAUAUCUCUCAUUCGAUGGGCGCCAUUCCGCUGCUCGCGGUGGAGAACAGCUCCCCGACUGAUUGCGCACUGGCAGAUUUGUUCGGUUUCUCUCCAGAACCACGGCAUCGAAAUGAAAAUUUCACCCCCAUGAUUGUGCAGCGCAUUUAACGCGAUUUAUGGUCACGAAUAUCGCGAUGAAUGUGCUCAUGUCACAAGCAUCGAUCACCGUGCUCGGCCAUCUUUCACUCGCCAUAUGGCGGCUGGCAAUCCGUGUAAGAUAUACGCCCACAAAUGUCCACCAUAUUAGGCAGUCUCACUUGCUUUGAUCUAUACGCCCCCACCUGGGAUGCCGCCAUCGGCGGAGACAUUACGAGGCCAGUAAUACCCGUCCAUCAGAUUCACCUCUGUUCGGCUAUCAAUAAACAGUCGUCUGCGCAGGCGGCUCGUAGCCGCAUGUCGAGGUUCAAGCUGUCGCCACAAUUGCGCCGUCGGCAAGCCGACAGCUCAUCCCUCCCCCGCAUAACAGGCGGUGCGCCGAUCUCCGGUUGGUCUAGCACCCGUGAUCUCGUCUUGUGCGUCGGCCCAGUCUCGUUGAAGGCCGUCCCGACGCGGUCUCAGACAUCCAGGUGCGUAUGUUGGUGCGUGUUACUGUCGAUAUCACUGCGCUCUGAUGUGGCGUUCGCC